ACUAAAUCAAGUAGGAUUUUAGGUAUUAAACAUGUUUAGCAUUAGAAUUGUGAUUGCAAUUGUGUUCAAUUUAUUUUUAACGUUAAACCUGAGCCUAAAGGUUGAAUGUGAUGAAUGUGAAGCUAAUAACAUACUUGGCUUUUGCAUGGAUACUGCCGAUAAGAUGUGUUGCAAAGGCACCAUAGCUAACAAUAUUUGUGCCAAUCGGGCACAGGUAUGCUGUUUCGGACAAUACGACUGCAAUAAUAAAUACACAAACCCGGGACAGACACAAAACAUGUGCCCAAAUAUUGGCAUCAUUUCACGGUCCGCUUGGAGGUCCAGGAGUCCUAAGACUAAUCUGAAAAGUUUAGCGCCGGUCGGACACGUAUUCAUACACCACACCGACGAUGGAAAUACAUGUAAUAAUCAAAACGACUGUUCCGUGAGAUUGCGAUCACUUCAGAGUUACCAUCAGCUGAACAAAGGCUGGACAGACAUCGCAUGGAAUUUCAUUAUUGGCGGUGACGGACAGGUGUAUGAAGGGGUUGGCUGGAAUAAGGAGGGCUUCCAUACACUGAAUUGGAACCGGUAUUCACUGGGCAUAGCAUUUGUGGGCAAUUAUAAUGAGGUGGAGCCGAGUGUUGAAAUGUUGGAUUCAUUGGAGGAAUUAAUUAAAUGUGGUAAAAAUAAAGGCUAUAUUAGACCUGAUUAUCAACUGCAUGGGCACCGGGAUGCACUGACAACCACUGAGUGUCCCGGUGAAGAAUUAUAUACUGAUAUUUCGCAGAUGCCUCACUUUGUACCAGGGCCACUCAAUCUCUUGCCUAAUUAAUUGCGUAAUAAAUGUUUAAAGUAAAUGCUUGC